AUGGUCCGUAGUGUCCGUGACCCGAUUGUGACACUAAUGAAUCCAACCUCUUGGCUAAAAAAUUCAAAGGACACUUGUCCAAUUGGUGUGUUUACUGCUCAGAACAGGGACUACUGGGCGAAGGCUCGGGAGAAGUUGGUGGCUAAGGAUGUGAACAGGGAAAGCCUUGAAGUGAUUGACAGCAGCCUGACUAUAAUCUUCCUAGAUGAGGAAAGGCCAAAGGAUGUGGAUGAAGAAGCCAUGUUCUCCAUGACCGGACAAGGAACAAACAGAUACUUUGACAAAGCCCUCCAGUACAUUUCCUACGCCAAUGGCAAAAUAGGGGUGAAUGCUGAACACGCAUGCAGUGAUGCUACGAUGCCAGGUCGCAUCUGGGAAUACAUUUUGGCCAAGGAGCAGUACAAUGAAGAUGGAAGUGUCCCCAAAGCCCCGGAGGCCAUUGUGCAGAAACUACAGACACCAACCAAACUUGAAUGGGACCUAUGCGAUGUUGAAAAUGAAAUCACUGAAUCUCUUGAACACUUCAAGAAACUGGCGAACGGUUUUGUGUCAAAGAGUGUGUUCGCGGAUUAUGGCAAAGGCUUCAUCAAAACCAAGAGGCUCAGUCCUGAUGGAUACAUACAGAUGGCGAUUCAACUGGCAUACUUUAAGCUGAAUGGAAAAUGUGUGAAAACAUAUGAGUCUGCAUCCACGAGAAUGUUUGCUGAUGGGCGUACUGAAACAAUACGACCAGUGACAGAGUCUUCAGUAGCCUGGUGCAAGGCCAUGUCGCUGAUGAAAGGGACAACUCGGGAACAGAAGAUCUUGCUACUGAAACGGGCCAUCAACGCACAGACCAAGCUGAAGAACGAGGCCGUGGUAGGGCUCGGGUGGGAUCGUCACAUGUUUGGGCUCUUUGCCUGCUGUAAAGAACUUCAGAUGGAGCUCCCCAGUGUGUUCAAAAACAAGUACAUGUUCAUGCCAGAUGUAUUGAGCACAUCUCAGACUCCGACAAAGUACACGGAUAUAUGGAAGCAGGAGAAGUCGUGUCUAGGUGGCGGCUUUGCUGCAGUGAAUCCAAAUGGCUAUGGGGUCUCCUAUAUCAUUGUUGGAGAAGAUCUCAUCCUUUUCCAUGUGAGCGCAAACAAGUACUCCGAGGAGACGUCAGCGCACAAAAUGACCGACGCCAUCAUGGACUCCAUGAAUGAAAUACGGGAUCUGCUUAAUUAA